AUGGCGAGCCCGGCGAAACGACGAAAGAAGAACGAUUCUACCGCCGCCAUCGUCCAACACCGUAGCCUAGAUUUCUUCUUUCGCAAACAAGCCGACCAACAGGAGAAGACGGCUGACGGCCGUGCACAAGAUGGAGAUGCAACGGCCUCCGAUCACUCGUUGCUCGAGAACGACCAGAAUUCUCUGGAGACGGCUCUCACAGACGAAGAAUUGGCCAGGAAGCUGCAGGAAGAAUGGGCUAAGGAGGACGACGAAGGAUUCAAUCCACAAUUACCGUCACGACAAGCUGAGGACAGCAAGCACAAGGCUGACGAAGGAGAAGCGAAGAGCUUUGUUGCCGCUGCGCCCGAUCCGCCUGCGCCCACCCCUGAGGUUGGGCCGAGGGCCACUGGGACACAGAAGAGUGUCCUUGGCCUCCAAACUACGGCAUCGGACGAAGACACGAUCACCUUGACGAUACCGUUCGACCAGAGUCCUUUAACCUUCGACCCCUCCAGAUAUGUGUCCGAGCUGAAAGGGCAUUGGCAAGCAGACGGAGGCUGCGCUUCUUACGCUCUCCUGACCAGAUGCUUUGUCCUCAUCAACUCGACUCAAAGUCGGAUCAAGAUCGUGGACACGCUCGUCAACUGUCUGAGGACCCUCAUUGAGGCUGACCCAGAGAGUCUGCUCCCAGCAGUGUGGCUGGCUACCAACUCCAUUUCGCCCCCGUAUAUCUCGCUCGAGCUCGGAUUGGGAGGGUCUGCGAUAUCGAAAGCGCUAAAGAAGAUCUGCGGACUUGAUAAUGCAGGCUUGAAGAGUCUCUACGACAAAUACGGGGAUGCAGGUGACGUGGCAUUCGAGGCAAAGAAGAGACAAAGUUUCACUCUGCGGAAGCCAAAACCUCUCACAAUCAAAGGUGCUUACCAGACCCUGGUCAAGAUUGCAAGCAGCAAAGGUCAUGGGAGCGUGGAACAGAAGCAGAGACUUGUGGAACGUUUGUUGCAAGAUGCUCGAGGGCCGGAGGAGAGUCGAUACAUUGUGAGGACUCUAGUUCAGCAUUUGCGCAUUGGCGCCGUCAAGACAACGAUGCUGAUAGCGCUGGCAAGGGCCUUUCAGUUGUCCCGUCCAGCAGAUGCAGACUUCCCAGUCAGAGACCCUGCAGACCUUGCCAAGCUGAAGAAAGACGAGCUCGCCACUAUUUGGGCGAAAGCAGAAGAGAUGGUGAAGACUUGUUUCGCCCGGCGGCCGAACUACAACGACCUUGUCCCUGGCCUACUGGAAGUCGGGGUGUCAGAGGAGCUGCUGUUGCGGUGUAACUUGGCCCUGCACAUCCCUCUUCGACCCAUGCUGGGCAGCAUCACGCGGGACCUGAGCGAGAUGCUCACCAAGCUUCAAGGCCGAGACUUCAGCUGCGAAUUCAAAUACGAUGGUCAACGCGCGCAGGUCCACUGUGACGAACGAGGGAAGGUGUCUAUUUUCUCCCGCCACCUGGAAGUCAUGACAGACAAGUACCCCGACCUGGUGGCCCUGGUACCCGAGAUCCGUGGCGACGGUGUGUCGAGUUUCAUCCUGGAGGGAGAAGUUGUCGCGGUUGACAGAAACUCCGGGGAGCUGAAGACCUUUCAGACACUCACUAACCGGGCGAAGAAAGACGUGGAUAUCGGGUCUAUUCAAAUCGAUGUCUGCCUGUUCGCGUUCGAUCUGAUGUACCUCAACGGCGAGCCGUUGCUGGACCGCCCAUUCCGGGAGCGCCGAGCCCUCCUGCGAAGCAUGUUUGUUGAGAAAGAGCAUCACUUCACGUGGGUGCGCAGCAUCGACGCGACGUCUGCAGACUCGGAGGUCGUGUUAGAGUUCUUCAAAGCUGCAACAGACAUCAAGUGCGAAGGGAUCAUGGUCAAGGUCUUGGACAACCUCCCAAACCCUGAUCUGGGCGUCGCUGCCAGCGGCGAGGCCGAGGGAGACGAAACGAGCGCCGCGGCCGCGGUCACGGCCACGCCUGUCACGCCCAGAAAAAAGGGCAAGAAAUCCGGCCUCAACAACAAGAAGAGCCAAAUCGAAAAAGAGCAGGAAAAAGAAAAAGGCAGCCGCCGGAAAGCGCUGCUGGCGACCUACGAGCCGGACAAGCGUUUGGAUUCGUGGCUCAAAGUGAAAAAGGAUUACGCGACUUCGGCCGACACGAUCGACCUGAUCCCGGUGGCCGGCUGGCACGGGUCAGGGCGCAAGGCGAAAUGGUGGUCGCCGAUCCUGCUGGCAUGCCGCAACCCAGAAACCGGGUCGCUCGAGGUGGUGACGAAAUGCAUCUCGGGCUUCACCGACAAAUUCUACCAAGCCAACAAGGACAAGUACGCCGAGGGUGGCGACAACGUCUUGGGCUCCAGACCCAGCUACCUCGAGUACGUGGGCCCCAGGCCCGACGUGUGGUUCGAGCCCCAGGAGGUCUGGGAGAUGGCGUUUGCAGACAUCACCCUCAGCCCGACGUACACUGCCGCGAUCGGGCUGGUGCACGAAGAUCGCGGGUUGAGUAUGCGGUUUCCCCGGUUCCUGAAGGUCCGAGAGGAUAAGGGCAUCGAGGAAGCGAGCACGAGUGAGUUCCUGGCCAAUUUGUAUCGGAAGCAGGAAGCGAGGAUGAAGGAAACAGGGCCGAAUUGCCAGACCGCCCACACUCUCACAGAUGUCGUGGGUGACGAGAACGAGGAUGAGGAUGAGGAUGAGGUUCUUGAAUGA